CCACGUCUGAGUAGGGACUCAACAUCCAAAAGUACUCGUUCAUGCUGCAGCAGCAUCUUCCAGACCACGAGCGCAAGCCGUACAACACGCAAUGGCGAUGGUGGCUUGGGUUCCUCGGCGUCGGGAUCGGGUCCGUCGCGGAUUUCGCCGCGCUGUCGUUUGCCGCGCAGAGCAUCAUCAUGCCGAUCGGUGCAUUCACGCUGGUAUGCAACAUCUUCUUUGCCCACUACUGGCUCAAGGAAAAACUCACACGCAACGACCUGAUCGGCACGAUCCUGAUCUGCAUCGGCGCUGUCCUCGUGACCGUGUUUGGCGCGCAUGAGAACACCGAGUACACCCUCGACAUCCUCAUUCACUUGUACUACCGCUGGGACAUGCUCAUCUACCUCCUCGUGCUGCUCGUGGUCCUGUGGGUCUUGAUCGGGAUGCUGAAGAAGGCCGAGGCAGUCCUCAAGAAGAAAGGACCGACCUCGAACGAGUACAAAACUGUGCUCAAGAUCCAUCCACUGUCGUACGCAGGGUUGGCCGGCACGUUUGGCGCGCAGUCCGUCAUGUUUGCCAAGAGUACGGGCGAGCUCAUCAAGCAAUCGGUCAAGGGCGACAACCAGUUUGACAAGUUCCUCACUUAUGUCAUUAUCGCGGCUCUCGUCCUCACGAUCUCACUGCAAACGCACUGCCUCUCGCUCGGGCUCAAGUACUUUGACGCGUUGUACAUCGUGCCGGUCUUCCAGUGCUUUUUCAUCACGUUCUCCGUCAUCGGCGGCGCCGUCUACUUUGAAGAGUUUAAAGACUUUUCGACGACGCAGUGGAUUGUGUUUCCGUUGGGGGUACUUGUCACGAUUGCUGGCGUCGUCGUGCUCUCGUCCCGCGACAUGGAGCAUGAUGCGGGAGCGCCGACCGUGCCGCCGCCUCCAUCUUCCACGUCCACCGACUGCAUGGGGGAUAUUUCGAUGCAGCCUCGCAACGACCUCCAGCGACGGAACUCUGGGUCGUUUACGAGCAGCUUUCGUGUGUUGGAACCGGUACGGACCUGGCGUCGUUGCCAUCGACCUUAACGUGACGCAUGGUGCGCGUAGGAGUUUUGCCCCGUGUCCAACCCGGCCCAGCUCCUGUCACGAUCGUCUUCCGUCGGCGGCGUGUUCUACUCGACCCAGAGCGUCGUGAUGUCGUCGCGAGGAAACUCGGAUUUCGUCGCGGUGCACGACAAUGGAACGGAAAUGACAGACUUCGCCAGGCCAGUGCCCACCAAUGUCGCGAUGCCUGUCGACCCAGCCGUCCCCAACGGUCCGGCAGUCGACGUCGCGGAAGUAACCCCAGUAGUAGUAGUCGACACAGCACCUCCGAGUGAAGAGGUGCCGGUGGGGCAGCCGUAGGAGCUAAGUCGUCACGUGUCGCCAUCGUCAGGUUUCCACUUUGUUGAAUCAUAUUUUGCUUGCACUUUCGUUGCGAUGGACCCCCUUUAACAACCCGGCAUGUGCGCAAGGUUGCAUCCGGCGUCUCGAACGAUGCAACUCGCGUUCGAAUGGGAGUUUCCUCCAGUGGUGGGGCGUCGAC